AUGUCCGCGUGCAGCGACUUCGUGGAGCACGUGUGGAAGCCCGGCUCCUGCAAGAACUGCUUCAACGCCAAGAGCUCGCACCGGGCGCACGCGCAUGGGCCCCCGGGCGCCGCGCCGGACGACGACGGCGUAGCCGCCGCCGCCGCCGCCUUCUCCAAGCCGACCAUCGCCGUGAGGCCGACCAUGAUGAGCGCGGAUGUCUCGGACACGUGGGCGGACGUGACCGCGGACCUGGCGCAGGUCGGCUGGGUCUCGGGCAAGCACCUCCUGCUGAAGGCGGGCGACGUGCAGCGGAUCCGCCUGGACGGCUCCGGGAGAGCCGGCGCCCGCCGCCCGCCCCGCUGCCCGCCGGGCUGCUCCCUCGCGGGCCCGCGCAGCCCGGCGCUGGCGGGCCCCGUGGCGGCCCGCAUCACCGUGCUGGCGGCGCGCGCCGACGACGAGCACCGCACCAUCUUCCUCAGCAGCCCGGACUCGGCCGUGGGCGUGCAGUGGCGCUGCGCGAGCCCCGCGCCCCACGGCGACCUCGGCAGCUCCUCGCCCGCCCGGGAGCCCGCGGACACCUUCCCAGCGCCCGCCACGGCCGCCGUGGCCGAGGGCCCGGCCAUUCCGCCAAAGAUGUCCAAGAACAGCCAGGCGGGCGGCGAGGGGACGCGGGCGCCCCCGGCCAGCUCCGCCGUGGCACUGUUUGGCGACGGCGAUGGRAGCCGUGCUCCGCUGCUGCCGAGGAGCCGUACGGACACGGGUGCCUGUGGAGCACCCCCUGUUCCGAGCGCCCACGUUCCCGCGGAGGAGCCCGGCAGAGGCUCAUGCGGCGAGAGGAGGCCGAAAGCCUACACGGCAGCAUGGAGCAAGCAGUGCCGGAUAGAGGAGGAGGAGGAGGAGGAGGAGGAGGAGGAGGAGGAAGAGGAAGAGCAGCUGGCAACCCCCCCGCGGGCAGGGGGAGCAGGGGACCGGAGCGCUGGCGCCCACCUCGCCGACGAGUGCCCGAUGCCAGGGAGCCGGCCUGGGAUCAGCAAGUCGUCCUCGUUCUCCUUUGAGUUCCCUAAGGACAAGGGCGACUUCGCGCCGCCGCCGCCGCCGCCCAAGAAGCAGUCCAGGCAUGCUCUGAAGAUGGAGCCGGGCGGCGCUGAGCUGGAGAGGGCCAGCAGCAGCAGCUCCGCCGAGAGCCUCAGCCCGCCCUUCAGGAGUGUCCGCGGCAGCUUCACGGCCGGCUCCAGCGACAGCCUCGACUCGGACGUGCGGACCGGCAGCGAUGGCGGACACUCGUYGGAGCCGAACCCCUCGCCGCCGGCGCGCGAGAGCCGAGCGUUUUCCCCGCUGCCCUUGGCCGGAGAGCCCCGCGAGGACAGCGCGCCCUCGGCCGCCGGCCACCCGCCGCCCCUGCCCCAGAAGAAGACGGUGAGCAGGGCCGUGUCCUCCCCGGACGGCUUCUGCUGGGGCCCGGCGGCACCGGCGCGGGCGGCCGGCGCGCGGCUCAACGCCAGCCACUCGGACAGCAACGUGUGCCUGCGCGAGGAGCCCGCCCUGGGCUACCCGGCGUGCCUGGGGGGGCCCCCCGGGGCCUUCUCCUCCUGCGAGUCCCUGGAGAGAGGCUCCAAGGAGAAGGGCUCCUGGGGCUCGGCCGCUAGCACGGGGAGCUGCGUGCCCAGCCGAAAGCCCGCGGCGCUUUCCUCCUCGCAGCUCAGCGUCUCCAGCCAGGCGUCGUCGGGCUCCAGCCUGCAGCUGCACAGCCUGCUCAGCAACAUGGAGAGCAAGGAAGGGGUGUACGCCAAGCUGGGGCUCCUCUACGCCGAGUCCGUGCGGCGCCUGGCCGCCAAGUGCGAGGACGGCUUCAUGCGGGAGCAGAAGGACGAGCUGCGCUUCAGCGAGAACAACUGGUCGCUCUUCAAGCUGACGUGCAACAAGCCCUGCUGCGACUCGGGCGACGCCGUGUACUACUGUGCCACCUGCUCCAAGGACCCCGCCACCACCUACGCCGUGAAGAUCUGCAAAGCGGCGGCGGCGAAGGGGGCCGCCUCGUACUGCAGCCCCGCGGUGCCCGUGCACUUCAACAUCCAGCAGGACUGUGGGCACUUUGUGGCCUCCGUGCCCUCCAGCAUGCUGCUGGCCUCGGCUGGUGGAGCUGGUGGAGGCGCCGAGCACGACUGCGUGGUGGUCAUCACGCGGGAGGUGCCCAGCCAGACCACCGCCGACUUCGUGAGGGACUCGGUGGCGCUGCACCAGGCCAAGCCCGAGCUCUACGAGCGCCGCGUCUGCUUCCUGCUCCUGCAGCUCUGCAACGGCCUGGAGCACCUCAAGGAGCACGGCGUCAUCCACCGCGACCUGUGCCUGGAGAACCUCCUGCUGGUGCCCUGCAAGCCGCACGCGGGCUGCGCCAAAGCCAAAGAUGACAAACACUUGCCCCGCCUCAUCAUCAGCAACUUCCUGAAAGCCAAGCAGAAGCCAGGAGCUGGAGACUCCAAGCUGAAGAAGAGCCAGGCCCGGCUGGCCCCGGAGAUCGUGUCGGCCUCGCAGUACAAGAAGUUCGACGAGUUCCAGACGGGCAUCCUCAUCUACGAGCUGCUGCACCAGCCCAACCCCUUCGAGGAGAAGGUGCAGCUCCGGGAGCAGGAGUACAGCGCCGAGGACCUGCCACCGCUGCCCAGCCUCUCCAUCUACUCGCGGGGGCUGCAGCAGCUCGCGCGCCUGCUCCUGGCUGCGGACCCCAUCAAGCGCGCGCGCAUCGCCGAGGCCAAGCGCAUGCUGCAGUGCCUGCUCUGGGGGCCCCGCAAGGACCUCGCCGAGCAGCCGCCGCGGCGGCGCGACGAGGCACUGCGCAACUGGCUCGACGUGAAGCGCGCCCUGCUCAUGAUGAAGUUCGCCGAGCGCGCCACCGAUGCCGAGCGCGCCGUCGAGCUGGAGGACUGGCUCUGCUGCCAGUACCUGGCGGCCGCCGAGCCCGCCGCCCUGGCGCGCACACUGCAGCUGCUGCAGCUGCUCUGACGGCGC